AGAGCAGGUAGUUUGCCCCCGGUGAUGCGUUGUGCAGACCUCACUACCUUCUGGAGAGCCUUGCGGUUGUUUGGCGGAGCAGUUGCCCUACCAGGCGGUGAUACUGAAGUUUGUGAUUGUUUUUGGUGACAAGCCGAAUUUCUUCAGCCUCCUGAGGUUUAUUCGUUGACAUUACUAGUUAUCUUACAGACUGUGGCUUUCCUCUCUUAUGAAACAUAUUUAGGCAUAUCGAUAUAAAAAUAUGAAACGGGUCUGCAUUUUAUUUGAUUGGCACUGAAUUCAUCCAAUCAUGUCCAAUCAGCAACCAAGGAAAAUGUGGGCGGAGAUUUCCUGAAUCCUGAGCGUUCAACAAUAUUCCAAGGUAGUGGUGUUCACUCUCGGUCUAUAGGCAAGUCGGAAGAUAUAGCCCGAGGUAUUUCUUUGUUUCACAAUGCAUUCUUGGUACUGAUGGCCAAACAGAGCUCAACCCUUGCGGCGUUGCCGAGAGCGGAGGUCUGUGCCUACUGGGUGCUCUCUUUUGGCUCCCAUCUCUACUCAUUCUAUCAACUGCACAUAUUCUCCAAAGAGCAUGAAGCAGGAUUGGAGAGACAGUUCCAACUGGAGAAAGGCUUUCUAAUAUGGGGGCAUAAAAAGGACCCUACAGACUUUGAGUGGAGUUUCUGGAGUCACUGGGCUAGAAAGUCUUUGCUGUGGACUUUUUUGGGCCAUGCCGUGGUCUCCAGACUAGCCAGCUUCUUCAUUCCUAAGUUCAGAGUGACAGCUCUGUUGGCCUAUGGUCUCCUUGUGGCUUGCUGUGCAGUGGGGAUUAAAGGAUUGGGCGUGGUCCUUGGCCAUCUGGGCCUGUCAUUGGCUGUUGCCCAGCUGUGUAACCCUGCCCUGUCCUGGAGCUGUGCCCUGCUGCUACUUUCCACCCUCCACAUCCCCCCACUGCAGGAGAUACAGAGAAGCUGGUACCAGACAGAAGAGGAGUACUACCUCUUACUCUUCAGUGUGGCAGUGUGUGGCCUGCGCUUCAUCAGCUUCAGCCUGGAGCACUGCUGGCGCCCCCUGGAGGCUGGAGGACUGCAGCAGCAGGUCUACUGGCUGACCGCUUACUCCUUCUACCAUCCUUUGUUCUUCAACGGACCCAUCCUCACCUUCAAGGACUUCCUCCAACAGAUGCAGGUACCUGUGAAGGAUCGUGGUGCUAGGAUUACGUUCCUCUCGCUGCUGGCCAACGCUGGCAGGAUCUGUGUGUGGUGGCUUAUAGCAGAGUACAUGAUACACCUGAUGUACAUGCACACUAUACAGGCCAACGAAACAUAUCUGGAGAUCCUGCCACCUUGGGCCUUGGGUGGGCUGGCCCUGGCAUUAGUCCAGUUCUUCUAUGUGAAGUACCUGGUUCUGUUUGGUGUUCCGUCUCUGCUAGCUGGACUGGAUGGGCUGGCCCCCCCGAAGCUACCACGCUGUGUCAGCAUUAUGCACAGUUUCACAGGAAUGUGGAGACACUUUGACGUCGGGCUGUAUCACUGGCUCAUCAGGUACAUUUACAUCCCAUUAGGAGGUUCUCACCAUGGGCUGCUGUGGAAGAUGCUGUCCACGGCUCUGGCAUUUGGCUUUGUAUGUUUCUGGCAUGGAGGACAUGACUACCUACAGUACUGGGCUCUGAUGAACUGGGUCGGGGUGCUGGUGGAGAAUGGAGUGACCAUCCUCAUCUCUUCUCCCCUCGUCUAUCCAUCUAUUGAGCGCUGUAUCUCCCCAGCCAUGAGGAGGCGAUGUUUGGCUCUCAUCUCAGCCUUCUCCACAGCCAUGCUCAUUCUGUCCAACCUCAUCUUCCUUGGGGGAAACCAUGUUGGCAGGAUCAUGUGGAAGAGGGUCUUUAUACAAGGUUGGUGUACAGUGGCUCCACCCAUGUUAGCCUUCCUCUAUUGCUUUGCCCAGAUCGGACUGGAGUGGGAACACAACCCACCCUAAAUCACCAACCCCACAGAGACUGUUGGAAGGGAGGCAGAACUCACCCUUAAACACCAUCACACAGUGCUGACUCUGCUAUGUGGGGAGAACAACCCACAUUAAACCACCCCACAGUGGACUCGGGUAGCCUAGCAGUUAAGAGCGUUAGGCCAGUAACCAAAAGGUUGCUGGUUCGAAUCCUGAGCUGACUAAGUGAAAAAUCUCUGUGCCCUUGAGUAAGGCACUUCAACCCUAAUUGACCCUGUAAGUCGCUCUGGAUAAGAGCGUCUGCUAAAUGACUUAAAUGUAAGUGGACUCUGCAAUGUGGGGAGAACAACCCACUGUAACCACCCCACAGUGCACUCUGCUAUGUGGGAAGAGCAAACCUGUCCUUUACUACCCACCCACAGUGGGGACUAUCAAUGAGACCUGCUGAGGAAAACACUGGACACAUGUACGUAUGUGACUAUAAGAAAGUGACCUACAGUAUAAGAAACCUGUCCGCCAAACUACCUGUACCUAUGAGAACUGCUGCUUAAUACUUGGGUGCAUAGAGUAAAACACAUAUAUGGAAAAACAA